AUGGAAGAACAGAAGAAAAAGCGUCAACUUACUCACGGUGCUCAGUCCGCCGCCACGGCUCUCGCUGCCACCGCCUCUACCCCGCCGUCAUCCAACACCCAGCCUACCUUCUAUUCUUCGGACCGCGGCCGUGGGAGUCGCUCACGAGUAGGUCGCGGACGUGGCCGUGGCCGCAACUACUCCGGCCGAGGUGAAUUUGCAAUGAAAGACUUGGGGCCGCUUUCGUAUUUCUUGGGCAUACAGGUGACAAGGACCGGUGAUCAUAUGUUUUUAUCUCAGCAGGCGUAUGUUAAUGACGUCAUUCAUCGGGCAGUUAUGGACUCCUGCAAGUCAGUUGCCACACCGGUUGACACACAGUCAAAAUUAUCCGCUUCCUCCGGGCCUUUAUAUGAAGAUCCGACCACCUAUCGUAGCCUUGCCGGUGCUCUUCAAUAUCUCACUUUUACCCGCCCGGACAUCUCUUAUGCAGUUCAACAGAUAUGCAUGCAUAUGCAUGCUCCUACGCUUGAUCACUGGAAUGCUUUAAAGCGCAUUAUACGAUAUGUUCAAGGUACGACUCCCUUUGGUCUUCAUUUAGGGCCCGUACCUACUUCCCGGUUGGUGGCUUAUACUGAUGCGGAUUGGGCUGGAUGCCCCGACACUCGUAGGUCUACGUCGGGUUAUUGCGUAUACUUGGGUGACAAUCUCAUUUCCUGGUCUUCUAAGCGUCAACCAACUAUUUCGCGCUCCAGUGCAGAAGCAGAAUAUCGAGGGGUUGCCAAUGUGGUUGCGGAUAUUUGUUGGUUGCGUAAUCUCCUUCUUGAGCUGCAUCAUCCUCUUUCUACGGCCACCUUGGUCUACUGUGAUAAUGUCAGUGCUGUUUAUCUUUCCGGCAACCCCGUUCAGCAUCAACGGACUAAACAUAUUGAGCUCGACAUUCACUUUGUUCGUGAACAGGUGCAACGUGGCCGUAUUCGCGUUUUGCAUGUACCGUCUUGUCAUCAGAUUGCUGACAUCUUCACGAAGGGUCUUCCGCGAGUAUUGUUUGAUGAUUUUCGUACCAGUCUCAACAUCGAACCUCCCGACGUUUCAACUGCGGGGGUGUAA